UUUUAUAUACUAAAAUCAAAUUUCAAAAGUUGAGUAGGGAAUUUAGAAAUUACAAUGGAGAAAGAACUCAUAAAGAAACCAUUUCAAAAACAAUCGUAUAUUAUCCACUCCAUCUCUUUCCUCUCCUAAUUGGCGUUUCUUUCGCCGGUAGAUCAACUUCGCCGCCGUCAAAGCACCGUCACCGGCGACGAAACUGCCAUUACUGCGUCCAAAUCACCGACUUUAUAAUCCUCUCUUUCCUUGAUUUCUUUGAAGAAUCUUCUAGAAAGAAAUGAAAUCUCCUGCGCCUCUUCCACCACGACAUCAUCAUCAGCAACAACAAGAAUCAAACCAUUUUCUCGAAAUCAACUUAAUUUCAGUUCAAAACCUAAAACCACCUUCCGGUAACAUACGCCGUCUACAAACCUACGCCAUUGUUUACCUUGAUCCUUCUUCCAUUAAGCUUCGAACUCGAAUCGACAAACUCAAUGCUGAAAACCCUAAUUGGAAUGACAAAUUUAUUUUCAAAGUUUCGGACGAAUUUCUUUCUUCGGAGAAUUCGUCUUUUAUGGUUGAAAUUUUUUCAGUCGGUGUUUUGAAAGAUAAUCUUCUUGGUUGUGUACGUUGUCUUCUCGGAAACUUCCCAUUUCCUCUUCAAACCGGUGUUCAUUACUGUGUUGCGCUUCAAAUUCGACGACCUUCUGGAAGAUUCCAUGGAGUUUUGAAUGUUGGAGUUAUGGCGAUUGAUGGAUUGUCUGAAGUAGGCUCUACACUUUCUGGAAUCUCAGCGAUUGGUUACCGUGAGUUUUUGGGAGAUUCCGUCAAGAAAAAUCGUCAUCGGAAGAAUCAUCAUCGGCGUGGAUUAUCUGAUUUGAGUUCAGAGAGCGAGUCAUGCGGUGGUGACUCAGUGGAUAAUUCUGAUGGUACUGAGUCAACAGCGUCGAACUCGUCCGAGUCGAGUGGUGUUCUGAAAGAGUUGAAUGGGAGAGAAAUGGCGGGAAAAGGGGGAGUUAUUCUCUGUGGUUUAGGGUUUCAGAAGAAGUUACACAUCAGUACUUCUGAUGCGUUGGAUUUAGAGAAUGGUAGAUAACGGCUGAGAUUUAAUCAAUGGAAGUGGUAUUAAUUUCCAAUCAUGUUGUGAUUAACUGAAUUAAUCACUGAUUAAGUGGGGUAUAAUUUUCAUUUUUGCUAAUACUUGUGUGAUUAGAACUUUGGUAUACUAUAAAAUGUCACAAGUAAUAAUGUUUGGUUUCUAAACAUUUUUUUAACACUAGAUUAGUAGAUUGUGUUGUAUUCUACAAUCUCCAAUUUUGUGGCUUAAUGUUAGUUGUUGAUCAUCA